AUGGAUGAUCAUGACGAAAGAAUGGAAGCUGAUACAGUUGCAUUGGAUGAUUUAAAAUUAUUGAUUGAGAGUAUUAAAUACCGACAGGAAGAUUUAGAAUUUCAGGAGCAAGCUCUAAAGACCAUGGCAUCUAUAUUUCGGACCAGUGACAAUACAUCGAGCUUCUUGGUUCAUACGAAUGGUUUAGAACACAUCUUAAAGAUACUGAUAUCCCCUGACGACCAACCAAACUCGCUUAGAGAGGCUUCUCUACAUGCAUUGUGCGCCGCUUGUGAAAAUAAUGCUGGCGCCCGACAAGUAUUGUGCACGCAAAAGAUCUUUUGUGUACUGAAGAAAUUUUUGUUGAUGAAAUCGUCGAUAAGAUUGCAAACACUCUCUAGUUACUUACUGAUUUGUCUAAUUAAAAACAACGAGAAAGGUCAGAAUCUGGCGAGGCAGACAAAAUGCGUUGAAACAUUACGUUACCUUUUCAAGGAUGUUCGUUCUCCAUCGCAUUCUCCACGCCUUCCGAAUAGACUAGGGGAAUACCUUUCAUCAAAUUGCCAAGAAAAUGAAGCUCUGAUGAACCUCUGGCAAACAGCGACACAUGCCUUGUCUGUUUGUGUUUAUAACCCACAAAACAAUGACAACCAAUUUCUAUGUUCGUCAGCGUUUCCUGCUGCUGUGGCUUAUCUAAGGAAUUCCGAUUAUCCACGUAUACAAACCAGUACCCUCACAUUUCUGACAAAUUGUUUAGUAAAUAAUAGUCGUUGUCAAGUCAAUUUUCGUCUGGUAGGAGGUAUAAGGGUAUUAUAUGAUAUAUUUCGAGAAGACCUGCUUGCUGGUGGCCAAAUACCUUCCACUGUUCUUCAGAUCUUGAUAUUGACAAUAGAUGCAGCUGUGCGUGACAAUGACAUGUGUCGCGACAGUAUAGCGGAAAUGGAAAUUGUUCCCCUCCUUUUGCAAUCACUUCAGCUUUGUUUUGCAUCUCCCAAGUUUAAAAUACAGUGUUUGAUAACACUUUCUGCGUGUAUUGAAGGAUGUGACUCAAGUUGCAAACAGUUUUUAACGAAUGAUGGGAUGCUUACGGUAGUGAAGGUGUUAACCGAAAAUCAGAAUUGUGAAGAGUUACAAAAGUCCGCUUUAUGUGUUUUGCAAACGUACUUAGAGCAAACCAAAAUAACGAUUCCGGAGUGUAUGGAUGACGUCUUAAAAAAAAUACAGAUAGCGCCAGAUAACUUUCUUCGAGUGGAAAAUGGAAAACAGAAUAUAGAAGGUGAAGGUGAAGUAGAUGUUACAAAUGUGGAGAAUGGAAGUAGUAAUGGUUGUGAAAGUAAUGUUAUAGAAAACAGAGACAUAAUGCCAUCUGGACAAACUGAUAUGAUAGUUAACCGGAUUCAAGAUUUAACGAAUGAAGUCCGUUCUUUUAAAGAACUCUGUGUAUUUACAGCGGUGAGAAGAGUAUUGCAAUUAACUUGA